AUGAUUGAUGGACCCUCCGCUUGCUUCCUGAGGUUCACUGACUGGGUGGCCGAGAGUUUUGCCCCCGCGCACCACUCAUUCCAGCCUCUGGAGGUGGCAGACGUGUCAAAUCCCAACAAGCCCGUUCUGGUGCGCUCGGACAUGUGCCACGACUUUGUUACUGAUGGCCUUUGGUUUCUCUACGAGAACGGCGCCCAUCUUCAGCCGGAGAGCCACGUCUUCCGAGACCACAUCAUCAUGUACGCGUGGAAGGCGCAGAAGCAGGAGCAGUCGCCUCAAAUGCUGCGGCGCUGGCAGCGGUACUUGCGCCAGCUGGAGCUGUCGCUGGCCAGGAUCAAGAAACAGUUCACCUUUGCGAGGGAGGCCUUGCUCUGGAACUGGCGCUUGCAAGUGCACAGCUUCCUCCACACAGAGCACGCGACCUACUCGCUGUCCCUGGCUCCGCCAUUCCUGAACUACUGCUACCUGCCUUUGGCGAUCCCUCCUCAGGCGGGCACAAGCAUUCCAUCGCGCAGGCGACUGCACCAAGAGCCCCAAGCAGCUUGCUGA